AUGUCUGACGAGGAGCCACUUGACGAGAAGCCACUUUGGGAGCAGUUUGGCUUCGAAUCUCUUGAAGAGCUAGGUCGAUUCCAUAAAUAUGAUAUGGCUAGGCGAAGGGCCACAAGACCCCUACCGACGGAUGAGGAGGCGGAGAAUCAGCAGGCGGAGGACCUGUCCAAGAAGGCCGAGAAAGCUGCCGAGCCAGUCGCCAUUCAGGGUCCCGACAGCAAGAAGGGUGCUGAGUCUGAAAACAACGAGGAGAUACCCAAAGGAAUGGGCGCGGGUGACAACACCACUUCGGCGACGAACAAAUAA